GGUAGACAUUCUUAAUUUCAAUAACUUUUUCUGGAAUUUCCUUCCAAAGGAUAGUGUUUUCUUCUAAUAUUAAUAAUUUUUAUUACAUUUUCAAAUUCAAAACGUUUGAAAGACAUUUAUGGGGUUUCUUUCAAACGCAACAGCUUAUAUUCUACCAGGACGAUUACCUAAACAACAGUUGCUGGAUUAUCAUGCGAAAAUCCUUCAUCUUGGUGGUAAAGUAUUGUUAGAACCUACAAAAGCCGAGUACAUAUUUGUAAACUAUGUACAAUUAGGAAGAGUACGACGUGAACUGAGAACCAUAGGAACGCCUUUGGAAAGUUGUACACUCUGCAGAUACGUGGUGAACAUUUCUUGGCUGAACGAGCCAAAACAUCCUCUCUCAGAAACUCAUAGCAGUACUUUGUGGUAUAAUGCAAGAAAGUUUCAAGAAGAGAAGCGUCGAUUACCUGAGGAGAGUGAAGUCAAGGAUAAUUUAAAGGAAAACGAGCAACCCGUCGAUGACUCAAAGGAACGCUCGAAAGCAGAAAUAGAAGCCUCUCAGGAAUGCGAAAAUCAAGUAUACCCUACAAACAACACGUUUCCGUAUGUGCUACAAAUGCCGCGCUAUGCUUGUCAGCGAAAAACGCCUUUGACUUCUCUAAAUCAAGACUUCGUAAGUUCCUUAGAAGUAUUAAAAUUAUGUAGAGAAGUUAACGGUGAAUCUAUGCGAGCUCGCGCAUAUGGUAUGGCUAUUUCUUCUAUCAAAUCACUCCCAGUCAAAAUUGAUGAUGGUGAGUUCCUCAGCAAACUUCCUGGAUGUGGUCCGAAAAUUGCUCAUUUAUGGAGGGAAUUCUCAACGACUGGUAGAUUAAAAGAAGCAGAACGAUAUAAAAGUGACCCGGCCGCAAAGGUCAUCCGACUCUUCUACAACAUAUUCGGGGUUGGAGCGGCUAAAGCUCUAGAAUGGUAUCAAAAAGGAUGGCGCACAGUUGAAGAAGUAAGAAAGCAUAAAGACACUUUUACAAAACAGAUUCAAGUUGGGCUUGAGUAUUAUGAAGAUUUUUCAAAAACCACAACCAUAGAAGAAGCUACGAAUAUUUACAGGACAGUUCUUGCUUCAUUACCGGAUGCCAUUCAAGUACAUUCUUGUCUCGUAGGAGGUUUUCGACGAGGAAAACCCGUGGGUGCUGACAUUGACAUGGUUUUAAGUCCUUCACCGGCUCACACAACUAAUCAUUUAUUUAAUGCACUACUAGAAAUUCUAAAACAAGAAUUCUCCUUUAAUUUAAUUUCUGUUCAAGAACACUCUUGUGGUGGGAAAAAGGGAUAUGUUAUCUUAGCGGUAAUAUUGUCACCAGAGUCUAAUAUACACAGGAGAAUCGAUAUUAUUGUCGUUCCUCCGGCAUAUCUUGGUUCCGCCGUAUUGGGAUGGAGUGGUGGUAUCUUCUUCUUGAGAGAUCUAAAGGUCUACGCGAAUGAACGCCAGCUUAGUGUCGACUCAUUCGACAUUACUGAUUUGAAGACAGGAAAGGAUAUCUGCCCUACAACAUUUGGUGAAUGGAAGGAUCCAGUUUCAGCAGAAAGGGACGUGUUUCAUUUGCUUCAGCUUGAUUACAUUGAGCCAAAAUACCGAAAUACGGGUUAAACUCCUCGAAGUCAAUAUAUGUAGGAAUUAUAUAUUUCUUAAUAAUUCUUUGGAUUUUACACAUCUAUUACGUGAAUCCUUACGAUAUUGAAGUCCUUCCACAUUUGAUUUCAUUUGUGUUUACUAACGCACGACCAGAGCACUGGACAGGUAACAUCGUUACUUUCAAAAAUUCUCUCGUGUGACUGAGAAAAGGCCGAAUAUAUAUACCUAAUGCUAACUGACCUUCAGCCAUAUUCCUAAGCACCAGAAAAACACAUACCUUUGGAAAAAUAAUAACCAAAGGAAU